UAAAUAUUGUGUUUUACAUUUUAUUGUCUCAAGGGCUUAUGAUAUCCUCCACACUAGGCAUUUGAACAUUUACAAUUGCUGAUCACUACUUUCAUUGAAUUUUGAGUUGUUUAGUCAACUUUGUAACACCUGUGGUGUUCCCGGUCAAAAAUGACCGCCAUAGGAAAUGAAUGGGUGACCCUAGAUUGUGUUCAUUCAUCAGAUAGUACACAACCACAAAUCCACCACCACCACCACACGCACACACAAACACACCUACACGCACACACACACACACACACAAACACACCUACACGCACACACACACACCUACACACACACACACACGCACGCACGCACAUACACGCACGCACACACACACACACUCCACCCCACGUGAACCCCUUUCAGACUGACCAUGUGUCCUCUCUUUCCCGUGCUUAUGUGCCUGUCCCCCUACGUGAACCACACCUUCCAGACUAAACGUGUAACACUUCAAAGUUACCAAUUAGGUGUUUGUUAUGGGAACCUGGCUCUUUCCCGGGCUAAUGUGUCCAUCCCCCCACGUGAACCACACUUUCGAUACAAAACGUAUGAUAUCUUCUCACAGAUCCCCUAUAUAUAGCUUGCUUGUGCAUUGCUCUUAUUUUACUCUGAACACAAUGAGUCGGCGCCCGAUCAGACGUUUUUCUGUCAGAGAGGCUCUUGACCUUUUUUUUCAAACUGAUGAAGACGGGAUUGGAGUUGAACCAGAAAUAGAGGAGGAUGUUUCAGAAAUAGAAGACAACGAUCCUGAUUUUGAUCCAGACCAUCAUGAGACCGAACAGUCAACAUAUGGCGAGGAAGAGGCCCCUGAGGAAGAGGCACCUGGGGAAGAGGCCCCUGUGGAAGACACACCUGAGGUGACAUUCCAGUCCAAGGAUGGCAACUUGCUCUGGUAUUCAUCCCCCCAGGACAGAGGAGGCAGAACAAGAGGGGAAAAUAUCAUUAGGAUGUCACCAGGGCCAACACGGUAUGCAACAUCUCGUGUGGAUGACAUCAAGUCCAGCUUCCAACUCUUUUUACCAGAGUCCAUUGUGGAAAUUAUACUGGCGAUGACAAACCUGGAAGGUUUGGACCAGGUAGACCUCCAAGCCUACAUGGGUCUGUUGAUUCUAGCAGGAGUACAUCGGUCCAACAAUGAGGCUACAAAAAGUCUGUGGGAUGCAGAGUCAGGGAGGCCUAUAUUCCGGUCAACUAUGUCCCUGCAACAGUUUCAUGUCCUCUCAAGAAUUAUCAGAUUUGAUGACAGAGCUACACGACCUUUCCGCUGGCGAGACGACAAACUGGCUGCCAUCAGGAACGUUUGGGACAGGUGGGUGGAGCGCCUACCACUGAUGUACAAUCCAGGCCCUGAGGUGACAGUGGACGAGCGCCUGGUCCCUUUCAGAGGUCGCUGUCCAUUCAAACAGUACAUCCCAAGCAAACCAGGCAAGUAUGGGAUCAAGAUCUGGGCAGCAUGUGAUGCCAGGAGCAGCUACGCCUGGAAUAUGCAGGUUUACACAGGGAAACCUGUUACUGGAAGGCCAGAAAAAAACCAAGGCAUGCGUGUUGUGUUGGACAUGACAGCCGGUCUCAAGGGGCAUAACAUCACAUGUAAUAACUUUUUCACAUCACAUGGGCUUGGUCAGGAGCUGCUGAAAAGAAAGCUCACCAUGGUGGGGACAGUGAGGAAGAACAAGCCUCAAUUUCCCCCUGCACUGGUGUCGACCAGAGGGAGAGAGGCACUCUCAUCCAAAUUUGCUUUCACUGACACACACAGUCUUGUGUCAUAUUUGCCCAAGAAAAAUAAAAAUGUCAUCCUGAUGAGCACUCUACACAAAGACGCCGCUGUCAGCGAAGCAGAGCACAGGAAGCCCCAGAUCAUCCUGGACUACAACAGAAACAAAGGAGGCGUUGAUUGCCUUGAUAAGCUUACUGGUACAUACACCUGCAAGCGAAUGACAGCUCGUUGGCCUGUGGCUGUGUUCCACAACAUCCUCGAUGUGUCUGCAUGUAAUGCAUAUGUGGUGUGGACAGCGAUCGACCCAGCCUGGAAUCAGGGGAAAUGUUUCAAGAGGAGACUCUUCCUGGCAGAGCUUGGGAAAGCUUUAGUGACUCCUCUAAUUCAACGGCGCCAGCACCUUCCCCGCACACCAGCCUCUUGCAGUCUGGUGAGGAGUCUGCAAGCCCCAGCCACGGCCCUGGCCACUCUCCCCCCAAAACAGGGGCAGAAACGGAAGAGAUGCAAGCUAUGUGCCCCUAGAGACAAUAAGACAAGUCUUACAUGUUUCAAAUGUGAUGCCUACGUUUGCAAGACACACUGUGACCUGAUUGCAAAAUGCCACUCCUGUAUCUGAACACACACACACACACACACACACACACACACACACACACACACACACACACACACACACACACACACACACACACAAUGUGUUCAUGUUGAUGUUCUGAUGUUCUGUGAAUUUGGUCUCUGUUUUGAUUUUUCUACAAUAAAUGUUAAUUUUGGAAUACAA